UCUUCUUCUUCUUUAUCAUCACCUUCUUCAUCAUUACCUCCUUCUUCUUCUCCAGCAUCACCUUCUUCUUCAGCAUCACCUUCGUCUUCUUCAUCUUCUUCUUUAGCAUCACCUUCUUCUUCUUCUUCAGCAUCACCUUCU